AUGUUGCUGAACGGUACCGCGCUUGUCACGGGGGCAGGAUCUGGUAUAGGACGAGCUGUCGCACUCGCGUGUGCGGCCGGCGGAUGCCGCGCUAUUACGGUUGCCGAUAAAAACCUCGAAGGAGUGCAACAGACAGAACGCCUAGUCAAAGAAAUCGGUAACAAAGUGAAGAUUCUCACGUUGAGUAUAGACGUCAGCGAGGUCAAGGCCGUAGAGAAUACGGUUCUAAGAACUGUGGAGGCUUUCGGGAGUCUUGACUACGGUCAGCGCGCUGUUUCCGUGUUUGUGAAAUUCUUUAAAAGGAUUUCUCUUUUUGUGUAUUGGCUGAUCAACAGAAUCUUGCAGCCUUUAACAUUGCAGGUGUUUGUAUAUCUUUCUUCAUCAGCAGAGGUCACCAGCUCAUUCAAGGGGAAGAUAUCCUGUAAAGCACGUGUUGCAACGGCAAAGUAUCCGAUGGAGGAGUAUGACGAUAUUCAAGCUGUCAAUGCUCGAGGUCUCGCAUUAUGCACUCGGGCCGAAAUCCAAGCAAUGCUGAAACAGAAUCCCAAGGUCACUAUUGAUUCCUACAGCUCUCUUCGUGCCCAGAGAGGAAGCAUAGUGAACAUUGCCUCAACGUGCGGGUCGAAUGUCAUACCGGAUCUUUUCCCAUAUGUGGCGUCCAAGCAUACAGUUAUGGGGAUCACCAAGGCGGCUGGAGUUGACCACGCGACAGACUUGGUACGCAUCAAUGCCGUCUGCCCUGGUUUGGUCGAGACGCCAAUGAUCGCCGCUAGGCGAAAGCAGCUUCAGGAUCGAAAUCAGGAGACGCCUACGACUAGCUCAGAGGCAUGGGCACCUGCAAAUAUGUACAACACUCCUUUAGGCAGGCUCGCCCUGGCGGAGGAGGUGGCAGACACGUGCGUCUUUCUAGCAAGCUCGAUGUCUAGCCAUAUCACUGCGUCUUCUAUUACAGUUGAUGGCGGUAGGACAGCAGCCUACUAG